UCUCGGUUCUUCGGCAGUAAGUAAUACAAGUCUUUAAAUUACCUACAACCAAAAAAACACGUCAUUUUCAUUUCUCACACAAAAUAUUUUCAAAAAUAGAUUAUUCUCCAUAUCUUUCAAAUAUAGAAGUAUUUUCACAAAUUUAAGCAAAAGUUUAAUCAAACUUUACAAAUUUAAGUUGAACUACUCCACUUACAAUUCAAAUUCUCUCUCCUCAUUUGGUGAUUUCAUCAUCUUCAUCAGCAGAAAAUAGCAAGUUCCGAGUAUACAACUAGUACUAUUUUAGCAGAGCAUCGGUUACGAAAUCUCUCAUUAAAUUCUCUCUCCUCAAUUUUUGCUCUCAAAGUUUGUUACUGGAAAUUUUUGCUCAUUUGUGGAAGUUUUGUGCUUGUUUUUGGCAGAGAAAUGGCGUUGACGAAGAGCUUGAGUUUCUCUCGAGGAAGAAAGCGUGUUCUCAUUUCGAAUAAUAGCUGUGAUUUGGAGCAGUUUUGUGCUGAUUUUGAGUCUUUUACUCCUAUGAAGAGACGAUAUUGUAGCGGUGAUGAUUUCUUUGAUGAAAAGUUUAGCGUCAAAACUUCGGCUUCUCUUCUUGAAGCUUUACCUCAAGAAAUUCUGAUUAAAGUAAUUUGUGGUGUGAAUCAUGAAGACCUAAAUCAGCUUUUCUCAGUUUCUAAAACAGUUCGUGAUGCGGCAAUAAUCGCGAAGAAAUCGCAUUUCGCAUUCAGCACACCUUCAAAAACGAAAGCAUUUAGAAAUUCAAUUGAUUUGCUAAACAAUCCAAUGGACAUCGAGGAUAUUGAAGCUCCAAAUGCUCCAAAACAAGCUCGAAAGUUGAAUCGUCCUCGAAUUUGCAAGAAAAAGCUCAAUCACAUUUCUGUCGCUUUGUUUUCCGACGAAGGAGAAGAUGAGGAAGAACAGAAAUGGACUAGAAGGAGUUUAUUUUCGGAAAUGGACAGUUAAGUUCUCAAAAUAGAAUUCAAUUUAAUAUAAUUUAAUUUAAUUUUUCCACUGUAAAUCAAAGUAUUAAGCUUUUUUUUCUUUUUGAUUUGUAGAAGUAAAAAUUUAAUGAGUUUGCAGGCCAUUUAAUAGGUUUUUGUUCUUCAAUACUUCCAUUGAAGAUUUAGAAGGUGGCUUGUGUUUCCUGUACAAUAAAACGUCUGUAAUUGUAGUUAUGAAAAGUAUUUUGUAGUUAUAAAAAAUGUAGUUUGAUUUCGAAGUAUAUAAUAUUGAGCAUUUACCUUUGAUUUA